AUGCCGUCCGUACCCUACAUCUCGACGACAUACGACGGUCCUUCCAGUGCGACUGCGCUGCGGGGGACCCGGCCGAAUAUCCCCCUUCUCGCGCUCGCCCCUCCUGCUUUGGCUCUGGGGGAUGAGAUUCUAGGCGCUGGCGAUGAAGAGACCAACGUCCGGGACUUUUGGAACGUCAUCUCCAAGGCGUCCGAUAUCGUCAAGGAUGGCGAGCGACUCGAGAAUCUCGCAUGGCGCCAGUGGUGUCGCCACCGCCGGGACUCUGCCGCGUCCUCUACCUCCACAUCGUCCCACUUUACCCACCACCGCCGGAUAUCCUGCUCUUCCUCCACGACGACCGGCUCGUCCGCGUCCGCCGUCACGCCCCACCUCGAACAACCCCCAUCACCCACCCUAUCCGUCUCUUCGCGCCACUCGGAGCGCCGCACAUUCGGCAGCGCUCUCAAGCUGCUCAUGGAGGAAGACCAGUUUAUUGACUGGGUCUCGGAUGCGCAGCGUAAUCUUCCCCCUCCCCCGACGAUAUCGGUCCCGGAUACCCCUACUGCUCAGCUGGAAAUACGGCUAGUAGAGCCUACACCUGUCCCAAGCCGGGUAGGCAGCCUGGGCGGGUCUAUGAGCGGAGCGGGCAUGCUCGGUGUAGCGGUACCACCUCGCCUGAUGGAGGAGCCCGAAGAGCAGGAGGUGGUAGAAGAAGAGGACGAGUAUGAGGAGACGGAUUCGGGGGAUGAUGCGGUGCCUAUACCGCAGAACCCUCCUCCCCAGCGGUCUCGAAGUAAGCCGAUCCUCCCAGCUACCGGCUCGCCAAAGAAGAAGCGCAAAUUCUUUGUUCAUUCAUCCCCUUCCAAAGGAAGCGGAUCUGAUACCGCCGCUUCCCCCAAUACUCUCGCUGGCAAGUCAGCCACACUCCCCGACGCUCCCCAACCGCCCUCACCCAACCCUUCCCUCUCUCCCGCUCCUCCCGCGUCGAUAGCACCUCAUCGUCGGACGAGCAGUGGAUCAUCGGCCAGCGCCGGGCCCGAUCUCGCACCGGUAGCCGCUCCUGUCAAGAAGAAGUCGCCAGGCAAGCGGCAUGUCUCGCUCUCCACUAUGCGUGGGCGGUUUGGAGUGGAGAAGCGUAAAGCGGCCGAGCUACUUGCGCAGAAGCUGGAAGCUGAGGCCGAGGCGGCCGCUGCGGAGGAAGAGGGCAGCGGAUGGGAGGAUGACGAAGAGGAGGUGGACGAUGAUGAGGGGGAUUGGGAGGAGGAUGAAGAGGCCGAAGAGACGAAAGUGACGGAGGAGCCGAUCUCCAUCGAUAAAGGUAAAGGCAAAGCGGUGGAGCCCGAAUUACCACCUGAAGAAGGGGCGUCCACGACGGAAGGAUCAGAUGAAGAGUGGUCGGACGAGGGCUCGGGCGCCGAGGAGGCUCCCCCUUCUCGGCCAGCACAAGCUCCUUCUCCGACCAAAAAGCCUCCGCAACCACCACCGGCUGCGACUGCCAUGCGUCGUACAUCAUCUAGCAAGUCAGCCAAGAAUCUGAAUACUCGGAAUCGCUCUUCCUCCCAGCUCGACCUCACCGCACUUCUCGCUCGUCCCUCUGGCCGCAGAGGGCAUGCUUCGAACGGACCACCACCACCACCAGCCCCAACACCGCUGAGGGAUAUGAGCCGGAAGCAGCGUUUGGCGGCGCAAGAGGAGCGAAGGAAGAUCGAGGCCGAGCUGGAGGCGCAGAAGAAGCGAGAGAUGUUUGCGAAGCAACAUAUCUUUGGGGCAAAACCGGCGCAGAGCGAGGGUUUGUUGAGUGGGAUCUUCAAGAAGGGCGGGAGUAUGGUCGACCUUACCGCCGCGGGUAUCCCACAGAUGAGCUCGCCGCCAUUACGGCCAUCACCUACGCACGGUCACCUCCCUUCUCUCCUUUCGUUGUCGCGAUCGCCUAUGGCUCCGGCGCCAAAUCUGCUCCGAAGCAAGUCUGCUGUGGCUAUGCCUGUCCAGACCGGCGUGUCGGUAACCCGUGUCUCGCCCAAUCGCUCCAGAUUGAGCGAGGUCACUGGGAGCGCGGACAGUGGAGAGAAUGAGGCGAAUAGCGCAGAUAGCAAGCAGGCUCCGGAGCGCGCGAGGCGGACGAGCGAUCGGUCAGAUAAGAGCGGAACAACCGAGCGGCGCCCGCCGGAAGGCAUUGUCCUCGAGUCCGGUUCCGAAUCUGAGGAGGACGACGACUACCUCGCUACCUCUUCGACUCAGCGUAAACUCGCCGAGCUCGCAGAGAAGCAGUCCAAGCGGGGCAAAGGUCGAAGUCCUGAGGCAGAGACGAAUCUCUCAGCUGGUCCGUCGAUGGCUGUGCCUGCGGCUAUGUCAGGUGCCGGUCGUUUCGCUCAACCCGCUUUGGAGCCAAUGACGCCUACAACGAGGCGGAGGACCAUCAUCUCCAGGGAGAUGAGCAUGUCAUUGCGGCAGAAUCUCAUGCUGGAGAGGGAGAAAUCUUCGGGCAGUGGCCAGCGCCGGACUUCAGCCGUACAGCACAGCCGACCCCCGCCCAUCACGCACAUGUCCCAUCUACCUGCGCGGAAUGUCUCGACGGCGGAUCUGGCUCAGUAUCAGAUGGGCGUACCGCUCGCUCGGCACCGCUCAGAGACCGCUCUCCAUCGGGAACAGGCAAACCAACAGCAAUCCCGUCCAGGUUCAUCGGCUUCUCAGCAUGGUCAGCGUGGCGACCAGUCGCCCGCGCUCGUCCACCCACAACCACAACGGUCACAUACGAGCGGCUCGGUGAUCACCAUGCCUUCCAAGAACCGGCCGUCACAUCAUCCCCUCGCUGGUGCUCUCCCUCCCAUGCGGUCCAACACCGUCCAGCCUCAAGCACCCACUCCGCAGCCUGAACCCCCGCGCCGUCAGCCAAACAUCCUCGGCGGGUUCCUCCGGCCCCUCACGCGCGUACCUACCUCCACCGGCGUGGUUGAGAGCUCGCGGGGCGGAACGAUCAGUCGUACCCAGUCUUCUGCGAACCUCACUACGAACGACCGGGAGACGACGAUGGAGGUGUCGCCGACUAAUCUGGAGGCGCCCGCGAUGGUCCGCAGGUCGACGGUGGAGGGUAGUCCGGGGGCGGAGUGGAAGACGGAGGUGGAUAGGAGGAGGGAGCUGGCGAGGCGGACGGAUAGCAGUUAUCGGAUGCACGGGUGGUAA